CCACGAGAUUGUCCAUUCCACGUUGCGAUUUUGUACACGAUAUACGAGCAGCUAUUAUUGUCGACUUGAAGCUGGAAUAUAACAACAGAGUACCCUCAUCUAUAGGUGUCACACACCGAUAGUCACUAUGAAUAACAGUCAGCAGGGCGGCUCUGCCCCUCAGGGCCAGCCCUCAGGAGCGCAACAGCAGCAACAGCGCAAGAUCCCCUUAUUCAAACCAGAGCAGAUGAGAGGUCUUCCCGAACCAUUCACGGCCGAAGAGAGAGCAAAGUGGGAGCAAGGGUUGAGGUCACUAUGGAAUCAAAUUGAGCAAAAUGCAGCAGACACACAACCACACUUGGAAGCCAAGCGCAAGCUCAUGGACUUCUCGAGAACCCUUGCUACAAAACUACAAGCUGCCAAGCAAAAAGCUCAACUGCAAGGUCAGCCAGGAUCACAGGGACAGUCGAGUCAGCAAGGACAGCAGCAAACCCAGCAAGCUGGAGUUCCUCGUCCUCCUAGUCAGGGCCAGCCACAACAAAACCAGAGCCAAGGAGGAGACAAUAGUAGUGGUGGCACAAGCCCUGUUCAGCAAAGACAAACACCUAAGAUCAGCCCGAAGCUGAUGGAACAUGUCACUAACUUCCCAUACGUCCUGCCACCGAACAUGACGCCCAAUACCCAAGAAGCUAUGAAGUGGAUCCAAGAAGCGAAGCAGAAGUAUCUAAAGGCUUUGGUCAACAUGGAGAGUUUCACGGCUCGCGUAACUGGCCUGGAUGCAGUGAUUGCGAAGCGAAACGAGGAGGGAAAACCGCUGAGUCCGGAAGAGGAAAAAGAUUAUAAAGAGAAGAAAGAGGCGGCCCACAAGUCACAUUCGGAGGUAAAGGCUUUUGUGGAAAGCUUUCGAGCACAGCAGGCGCAGUUUAGAGCUGCUCAAGCUCAGUCUCAGGGACAAGGACAAGGAAGUGGUUCUCCAGAUGCCAAUCGACCUGGCCCAAAUGCCAGCAAUGGUGGACAAGCUCCUCCUCGGCCACAGAUGAACCCACAGCAGGUCCCAAAUCCGACACAGACUGUCAAUGCCGCUAUAGAGGCAGCCAGAAAUCAGCAGAUGGGUGGAGGACGCCCUAUGCCUCCGAUGCAACAGCCAAAUGCUCAGAUGUCACAGCCUCCUCAGAUGCCGAACCAGAAUGCUCCUGCUGGCCAAGGGCAAAUGCCCAAUAUCAAGACGGAGGCUGGAGUGCCUACGCAAAUCAACACUGCAGUCACGCAGAUGCAGGGAAAUCAACGACCCAUGCAAACAAAUUCACCACAGUCUGCCGUUCCACGAUCCGCUGGUGUGCCUCAAUCAGCCACUUCGCAAGGUCCACAACAACAACAGGUUCCUCAGCCUUUGUCGCAAUCUGACGCAUUUCAGAGCGCCGCUAGGUCGUAUUCCAAUCAAGCUCCUCCAAAUGUGAUGGGCCAUUCACACCCGACCGCUCCUCGAUCCGAAGCGAACGUCAUAACAAAUAAAAUGCCCAUUCCCAAGCACCUUCCCGAGCGCGCAACACAACCACCGCAACCAGUACAAAUGCAGCAAGCACGCCCAACCUACUCAGGAGGACCAUCCAAUGGUGGCAGUAUCAUCUCUCAACCUGUCAUUCCGAAGACGCCAGGGUACAGCAUGGAGGGUGAAGGUGAUCGCGUUUUGAGCAAGAAGAAGCUUGAUGAGUUGGUUCGCCAGGUUACUGGUGGUGGUCAGGGCUUGGAUGGUGGUGAGGGAUUGACCCCCGAUGUUGAAGAGGUAUGUGAUGCUGUCUUUUCCAUUAUUACCUUCUAUCUUCACAAUCUCUCUCCAGACUCUGAAGAGUGACUCUGACUAUUGUUUAUCCUUAUUGCGAAACCUUAAUGCUGACUUGCGCAGUCCAUUCUCAACGUAGCCGACAACUUCGUUGAUCAAGUCCUUCAAGCAGCCUGCAAGAACGCCAAGGAACGUGGUUCCAAGAUCCUCGAGAUCCGCGACAUUCAACUCACCCUUGAACGUGGUUACAACAUCCGUAUUCCUGGCUACUCCAGCGAUGAAAUCCGUACCGUUCGCAAGAUCCAGCCUUCCCCUGCAUGGAUCUCAAAGAUGAGUGCUGUGCAAGCUGCUAAAGUUACUGGUGGCAAAAAUACUGAUUAAGAGUGUGUAAUAUCUCCAUGUCCUGAGAGGUAUACUGAAUUUCUGAAAAGCGCUCCACGUUAAUAAUGGUCAUCUGGAGUUUAUGGCAGGUUCCCAAGCCCGGCGUUGGCUGGUGAUAUGGAAGGGAUGGCAUAUACACAAAGGCGUUCAUAUGAUAUUCUUUGAUGCAACCGGACUCGUGCCCUGCUUUGCUAUUCACUGGCUUCUACGAGAGUUUAUGGAUGGAAGGCGCUUCGGGAGACCAGGGAAAACACUGCUUCGCAUAUGGUGCAUAAGGUAGUGAUCGCAGCUAGCUGAUGGCACAUGUCAAUUCACAUGCAUUGAACUUCUGACCUGCGCACGUGAGAUUUCACUUACUUUCAUGGCUGUGAGUCUUGGGAUUUGGGCUGUUGAUGUGUAUUUCUAAAGCCAACCACCUCAUAACAAGUAGUUCCUGUGACCUCUUUGCUAGCCAGUAUUCCAUUUCGGUUAUGAUGUUGUGAGGACUGCAGCCGGCUUACCUAUUGGCUUCGUGACGGGAUCUGAGUGCAAGCCAGGCUGAGGACCCACUUUUAGCAGGCACGGCUGCUUCGCGUCAAGGUUCUGCAUCGGACCUCCAUGUCGCUUGCCGUACCAGCCUUAAGCUUCAACAUGUUGUAAUCUCAAAGCACAGC